CGCGACAUCACAAUGCGCUUGGCGGGGGAGGUCGUGUGCGCGUGCGCCCGUUGCCUGAAUGGGUGCUCCGUCCAUCUGAUCGACGCAGUGCAGUGGGCGUGGCCAGAGGCGCAGCGUUGACUGACGCCCUUAAGGGAAAAAGAACGAAAAAGAAUGCCCUGUAGUGACUCGCGACUUCCCCGCCGGAACUAGAUCAAUUCCACUACUCAAAAUCCGAACAUACGUCGGAGCGUCAGAGUUGUUAGCUUGGAGCCGUUGGAGUGGAUCGGCGUCGGCUCCUACGUCAUCAGCGUCCCCCUCUUACAGGAUCCGCGAAGGCGGCGCCGUCCGCCUCUGCAAGCGCCGCCCGCGUGCACGCACGCGUGGGUUCGCAGGUACGCUGUCGUGGAAACUUUGCUAUAAAAGAGCACAUGCAGUCAUACGUCUCGCCAGCAAACAUGUCCAGAACCGACGAAGUCCACCGGAUCACCGAGAACGUCUACAAGUCCAUCAUGGAGCAGUUCAACCCGUGCCUGAAGAACUUUGUGGCCAUGGGCAAAAGCUACGAGAAAGCACUGACCAGGGAGGUCCUCUUGCAGAUGGCCGAAGUGCACCGGCGGAUUCAGAUCCAGCUGGAGGAGAUGCUCAAGUCGUUUCACAACGAGCUGCUGACCGAGCUGGAGAAGAAAGUGCAGAUGGACGCUCGCUACCUCAACGCGGCGCUCAAGAAGUACCAGACGGAGCACAGGAGCAAAGGGGAGAGUUUGGAAAAGUGCCAGAACGAACUCAAGAAGCUGCGGCGCAAAAGUCAGAGUGGAAAGACGCUCGCCAAGCAUGGCGGCGACAAGGAUGCGCAGAUGAGCGGCGCCAUGCUGGAGGCGGGCGCCAAAACAUUGGUCGGACCUCCACAACUGGCGGCGCUCCGAAGCGGCAGCAGCGGCCCACAGAGGUUGAUGGAAGGCGGCGCCGAACACUACCAGCAGUGGUCCGAGUCCCAAGUCGCAGCGGGGGCGGCGGCCCCGCCCCGUGGCAAGACGUCCUACUCCAACACGCUGCCCAUACGCAAGGCAGCGCCCGCCGGUAGCAAGACCUCGCUGGCGGAGCCUCGCACACUGCCGCGCUCCAGCUCGAUGGCGGCGGGCCUGGAGAAGAAGGAGCGAGGCGGGCAGACGGCGCGGGUGCGGGCACUCUUCUCGCACGCGGCCGGCGACAACGGCACGCUGCUCAGCUUCCAGCAAGGCGACGCCGUCACGCUGCUGGUGCCCGAGGCCCGUGACGGCUGGCACUACGGCGAGAACGAGAAGACGCGCAUGCGGGGAUGGUUUCCCUUCUCGUACACGCGUGUCAUCUCAGAGGACGACGGCGAUGACCGACUGCCUUUUCACAGCUUCCAUCCUGGGCGGAGCUGCAGCACGGGAAACCUUCUGGACAGAGACACCGGCGCCGUCGUCACCUUUGCCGACCACCACGUCCGCCCGUCGGCCAGACGGCCGCGCCCCUACGGCCUCACCGUGCAGGCGGAGCCAGCGGCGGAGCAGUACGAUCUGGCAUUCCGUUUCGCCGGCAGUGCUUCGGAAGUCAAACUCAUUUCCACAGUGUGAGAACGGACAGAUAAAGCAAGCGAGCGAGCCGCUGACUGACAAGAGGAACAUGCCCAGUGUGCAUCUCUGCACACGUAUGUGGAGAAUUGAAAUGUUUGUCCUCUCCGGGCACUUUAGGAACGGUGUGCCGGACGACUUUCUCACUUUGAUGUUGUCUGCUGACAUUCUUCUCCACUUUGCCAUCCCGUCCACUUAGCAACGUGUGUGGCCUCCAUGACUAUUUCCAUGAUUUCGUCGAGUAUAUUUCUUGACAUGUUGCCGUAUAGCUGCAAUAUUAUUGAUGUAUUUAUUUUGCUAUGAAAGGCGAACGGUGCCUCCUUUUAAGAGGAAAUGCAUGCUUUGAAGGCAAAAAUUGUGCA